AGGCCGAGAAGGACGCAGCAAAGAAGAAAUCAGAUAAACGAUCCAAAUGAUGCUGAGUUACUCAAAAUGUGCUUCCGAUUGUCUGCCUGUGGAAGCCUAAACCAAAUAUCCACCGGCACUUUUAAUCCUUUUCCACGCGUGGGCCUGAGAUAAACCAGGCGUUAUGGCUCUCGCAGAACUUCCAACCGAGCUACUUCUCAUCAUAUGUAAACAACUUGAUGAUGAGUCCUCCAUCAACGCUCUGUCCCAGACAAAUCGUCGUUUAUACGGUAUCAAUGAUUUUCUAUACCGGGAAUGUGCACGUCACCCGCUUGGACUCGGGCCCUGGCUGGCUGUCAGGCAGGGUAGUAAUGCUGCUGUGUUGAAAUUCAUUGCGCAUGGGGCAGAUAUCGAUGGUUGUGGGGUGUCGAUGGAAGCCGCUAUCAAGAUGACACUCAUUGAUGCUCGGAUUUUAUCGCCGGAUGAAAUGGGAGUUGAAGGGGAGGGCUGAAUCCUCAGAAGUCUCGGACCACUACGCCUACUCAUAUUCGGACUCAGCCGGUCGUUUUAAGUCGUUCAGACCCAGACAAUGAAGACGAUCGAGAGGAGGAAGAAGAAACGGAUGAUGAUGAACCUAAAAUUCCU